AUGAGUGAUGCUGAUGUAGUUGAGAAGAGCAAAGGACUGCAAUGGAUGUAUAUUCCAGCAUUCAUAGGAAAGAUUUUGAAUCAGUUAAUGGAAGAUGAUGAUGAAGUGGAUGCAGGAAAAGCUUUUUGGGUAAAGGAACUUGGAAUUCGUGUUCUUGUAAAUGAUGAUGAUGCUAUGGAGAGAGGUGAACUGGAAAAAGUAAUUAAGGAAUCAAGGAGCUCCAUAAUUGUAUUCUUAAAAGACUAUGCUUCUUCGCGAAGGUGCCUUGAUGAACUUGUGAUGAUCCUUGAGUGCAAGAGGAACUUCAAACAUGUAAUUUUACCAGUUUUCUAUGGCAUGGAUCCACCCCAAGUUAGGAAGCAAACUGGCAGUGUUGUAGAAGCAUUUGCAGGGCAUGAAGCUCAAUUUGAGGUGGAAAUUGAUGAAAGAAAUAGAAAACUAGGGAUGAAGAAGGUGAAAGGGUGGAGAGAAGCACUCGGACAAGUUGUAGAUCUCGGAGGUUUGGUCUUGCAAAAUCAAGUUGACGAGUAA